AUGACCGAAAAGUCCCAUGAUUUCACCGAAUCCAAGAAGGAAAUGGAGUUUUACAACUCCGACGAAAUAAAAGAAAAGAAAAACAAAUCAGAAACAAAUUUAUGCUCAGAUAUGAAAAGUUCAAAAUUGGAUGUGCGAUGCAAUGACUUUUCGGUUACUUCAUUUGAGUUUCACUUCUACACUCGUUACUAA